AUGGAGAACAAUAAUCCAAUUUACCAGUGGCUUUCCACUGUGCAAGACCAUGAACAAAGGGGUCAUCAAGAUGAAGGCAUAGCUUUAGCUGAGAGCCAGGAACAAGCGAAUGACACCACUCUCACAACGAGCAUACCACGAGUUCGCAUCCCACUUGAGAUAUCUGAGAACGUGCGUGGGAAUGGACAUUCAGCUAGCAGGAAAAGAAAUUCAUGUCAGCUCGAUGAAACCAAAGCAUCGUCCGCUCACGGGAACAUACCUGGAAGCGAAAGUCAUAAGAGAUCUCGAAAUUGCUACGAACUAGGGCCUCGACACAAGACGCGCGAGGAUCGAUACGAGUACAAAGGCCCAUCAUCAGCUAUGGAGACACAUCGCAAGAGAAGAGCCAAGAAACUCCAGGGCAGGAGACACACCUUGAAUGAUGACUUCCAUGCCAUCAAUGUCACAGGAAACAGAUUGACGCUGCGCAGCAAUACGAAUCUGGGUAUAUUCAGCAAGGGACGGUCUUCUACAACCAAUCACCACGGACACAGCCCGUCAACAGCUCUUGCAAAGCCCACACCAAGUGUCAAGCCUCAUAAGCAUGCCGUAGAAUCCGACCUUUCCUUUUCUGAGAUGAACUUUCUGUCCCGGAGGAAUAAUCUCAGCCCGUAUCCACCGUCGACCGCCAGAGACACUUUCGAUGGACAGCAUGAGAGAGAGUACCAUCCACAAAAGCAACAGUUCAAUGAUCCUGCACAUGACUCCAGACUCUCUCACUCAAACAGCAAGUUGCUUGAUGUGGAACGCCAACUUGACUCCUCGGUCACACCGCUGUUCAUAUUUGAAAAGGCUCCCGUCAGCGAGAUCUCCCCAGUUUCCAGCCACUCUCGGGGUGGUUCCCCCGAAUGCCCCCAUAAAAGAAGAAAGACAGCAAAACAAUCAUCAUCUAUUCCAUACACUUGGACCGAAACUGAGGUGGACACCACGGAACACAGUCAUGCCCUCGAACAACACCUGCUGAACUUGCUGCGUGUCGGACUAUAUCCCCAAGCGCUAUGCUCUGAGAUCACAAACACUGUCUUGACCAGACGGUAUUGGAGUCUCGCUGAAUUACGGGCACUGUUGGAGGAGAGAAAGGCAUCAUGGUCAAGUGAAGCCGACAUAAGACACCGAGCUGUAGCCGAAGCCGCUCCACAGGAGGUUCCCGAGAUCAUUGCACCUGAUAGUUUGGACGUUGUCAAUGUUGGUAGUGUACAAAAUCAAACGUCUAAACAAUCCCCGGAUUCGAAUGUCGCUUGUGAGACAACUUGCCGUGUGAACAACGGUCUACCACAACAACCUUCAGUCCUCGAGCGACAACAAGACGGGCCAUGUCAAGCUUCAGAUAAACCGAGGGGUCUAAAUUCUCAGGCUGACAGCACAUCAAGCCAAGGUCGUUUCAUAGACAUCUUGAAUGAAGAUCAGUGUGAACCCUUGUCUCAGGAAUUGAUCGAGGAUGAAAUCAUUUUUCCUACAUCCGUACCAGAGGUCGAACAGCCGCAUAUGUCUGGCAUCGAGUUUUAUGAGCUAGAUCGAGUUGAUGAUGAUGAUGAUGAUCUGUUCUAUCGCACGCUUGAUGCUGCUUACCACGCCAUCGUGCACCCUGGGGUUGCGGCAGAAGUUGCAUUAAAUUUACAGCAGCUACUUGAAUCCCCCGAACUAAAUGGCGCCGAUCUUCCUAAUACCCCAGAAUUGACUGGUGUUCGGGACUCCGAUAUUCCAUCCCGGCGAGUAAAAGUGGGAGAGCCAGAGUGUUUGGCAACGGUCUCCCAAGCCAUCAUACAAGAACGGUUUGAUGAAAGACCACCUGCCCCUUCUUGUCAACAAAAGCUCUCCACGGGUCAUUCGGACGAUCCUUGGGUUGGCCAGAACAAUGAUUUGCCAUGGCUGACUACUGGAUACGGCCAGUUACAACCGCGUGGGUCAACUGAAUUUGAUGCGCGACAGAGUCAACCUCCAGGAUUAUCUGAUUUCUGGCGACAGAACAAAUUGUAUUGA